AGUACUCAGAUCGGCUAAGAGUUUCACUAGUCGAAAAAUCUUAUUCUUUGUAGUGUGAACGAAGUUUUCAGAGUUCAUUCGCAAAGCAUAUAGCAUAGUCUUACUGUCAAUCAGCUGGUUUUGAUGACAAACAAAAAUCAAACAAAUUGAAAAUUUAAAAGUUACAAAAUGUGGAAGACCAAGGACGCAAGCUUUACCUUUGCAGUAGGAAAGGAAAGCUCGUUUAAAGGCCGCUACGCUUCAGACUUUCAGAACUUGGUUAACACCCCAUCCAUGUUCUUCGAGAACUUCCACAUGCCGGAAAGCAGCUUCAACGCACUCUUUGGAUUGGUGGAGCAGUACCUUAUCCCCAAAAGGAACACCCGGCCAGAUGCCAUACCGCUAAAAGCGAAGUUGGUCAUCGUUUUGGAAUUUCUUGCUUCUGGAGAUCUGCAACGCCAUGUUGGAUCCACUUAUCGGAUCAGCAAGCAACAUUUCGGUGUCGUCCUCGACCAGGUUUGCACAGCAAUUUGGACUGCGUUGCAAGGGGAAUUUCCGAAGUGGACCACCGAUAACAUGCUGAGGUGGGCGAAAGACUUUGAAGACGAAUGGAACUUUCCAAACUGUCUUGGUGCCGUCGACGGGAAGCACGUGGCGAUAAAGGCCCCCACUAAUAGCGGAAGCCUUUUUUACAAUUAUAAGGAUUUCAUUCGAUUGCUCUUAUGGCAAUCUGCGACGCUCACUACCGGUUCACUUACAUAGAAGCCGGGGCGUUCGGAAGCGAGGG